AUGGAUCUAUAUCAAUAUGGAAUUAGUGAAAACUACACAAACUGGGUGCACCAUGGUGAGACUUCUCAACCUCGUGAUAGUUUUGAUGGCUCUAUUAAUUCGGACAAUGAAUUGGAGAAUAGUGGAAAUGAUUUGUUCAAGGAUGCACUCCCGAAAGGAGAAACCCUUCCAAGCUCAAGUUAUGAGGAAAAUGAAAAUCUUGACACGUGUCCAACUUGUAAGGCCCCUAGAUGGAAAUUAGGUUGCGGAAAACGCAAGAAGGUUGCUAUAAAAAUUCUUAGACACUUCCUUUUAGUACCUAGACUUCAAGGGUUAUUUAUGUCUAAAGAUAUUGGUGAAAAUAUGAGGUGGCAUAAGGAGAAACGUGUAGAUGAUGAUACGAUUAGAUAUCCAGCUGAUGCUACGGAAUGGAAAGAUUUUGACCAGAAAUAUGCUUGGUUUGGGAAAGAUUCUCGUAACGUGCGACUUGGGCUUACUAGUGAUGGAUUUAACCCUUUUGGAAAUAUGAGCACGAGUUAUAGCAUGUGGCCGGUGAUUGUGACGCCAUAUAACUUACCACCAUGGAAAUGCAUGAAGAAGAAUUUUUUGAUGUUAUCUUUGCUUAUUCCUGGUAAGGAAUCUCCCGGAAAUAAUAUCGAUGUAUAUUUAAGGCCAUUAAUUAAUGAGUUAAAAGAGUUAUGGGAGACCGGUGUGACAACAUAUGAUGCAUAUAGCGCAUAUGGAAUGUUAUUUGGAUGGAGCACAAAAGGAAAAUUGGCAUGUCUUGUGUGUAAUAAGUGGACGUGUUCGCUAACAUUAAAAAAUGGAGUGAAGCAAUGUUACAUGGGUCAUCGGAGAUAUUUACAUGCCCAACAUUCUUGGAGAAAAAGCAGAAAAUUUGAUGGCAAACAAGAGCACGGGUCAAAGCCUGAAAAGUUGUCAGGAGAUGAAGUUCUAAGGCAAUUAGAUUUGCUUUCUAAAGACCUGGUUUUUGGGAAGACGCCUAACCAAAAAAAGCGUGCACGUGGUCCUGAAGAGCUCAAUUGGACAAAGAGAAAAGCAAUGGGUAUAAGAAAAGAGUUACAUUUACAGCAAAUAGGAAAUAAAUUUCUUAUGCCACUUGCUUGUUAUACAUUACCGAAGCCUGAAAGGAGAAUGUUUUGCGAAUGGUUGCAGUCAAUCCGGUUGCCAGACGGAUAUGCUUCCAAUCUCUCUCGAUGUGUAACUGUUCAGGACUGCAAAGUUAUGGGGAUGAAAAGCCAUGAUUAUCAUAUAUUCUUGCAACGAUUACUUCCAGCAUCAAUUUGUGGGUCUUUGCGUAGUGAGGUUUACACUGCAUUAUCAGAUUUCAGCUCUUUCUUUAAGGAGCUUUGUUCGAAGACUUUAAAAAGAUCUACAGUUAAAAAGUUGCAGAGCGAUAUCAUUUUGAUAAUAUGUAAACUUGAGAUGAUAUAUCCUCCAUCUUUUUUCGUGGUAAUGAUGCAUUUGGCAAUUCAUCUGCCACGUGAAGUAGAAUUAGGAGGCCCUGUUCACUAUAGGUGGAUGUACUUUAUUGAGAGGUUCUUACGUACUUUGAAAAAUUAUGUACGUAACUUAGCUCGACUGGAGGGUUCAAUUGCUGAAGCGUAUAUCACUAAAGAAUGUUUGAACUUUUGUUCACUGUAUUUUCAUGGGGUUGAGACAAUAUAUAAUCGCGUUGAGAGAAAUAAUUUUCCUGUGCAAAUAGGAGUGGAAAAUGGAUUUUCCAUAUUUUCAAACAAUGCAAGACCUUUAGGAGCUACAGAAUAUAAAACGUCAUCCCAUUUUGAUUUUGAAAAGUUACAGUGGUAUGUGCUUAACAAUUGUGAGGAUGUGGAUGAAUAUUUGAAUUGUGCAAGAUUCACAUUGAAGAAUUACAAAAGGAAAGUGUUACAUAUGUGCAAAAAAGACACCAAGCAGGAUUUGCCAGUUGGACGCCUACGUGCUACUGGUUUGGUUGCAGCAACAGAUCAUAUAUAUGCGUUGGGAUUAGGUCCUGAUAUACGAAUUGCUAUGUAUAGUGGGAUAAUUGUCAAUGGAGUUAGGUUUCACACAGUUGAGCGUGAUAAUUUUCGUCAGACUCAAAAUAAUGGAGUUUCAGUUACGGGAGAGCAUAAGUCGAAAGAAAUCGAGUUUUGUGGUGUGCUAACAGAUAUCAUUAACCUCCAAUAUGUUAAUGGGAAUCAUGUUUUCUUGUUUAAAUGUGAUUCUUUCGUGUUGAGUUCUCAAGUACAGCAGGUUUUUCAUGUCAGCGAUAUGAAAAAUGGAGAUAAUAGUCAUGAAGUCGAUCAAGUUGGUGGUGAAAAUUUAGAACUCUUGCACCCUAUAGAUGUAUUACCGGAUGAAGUUGAUGUUGGUCAAAUGUUUCAAGGUCAAAACCCAAACCCGAUUUAUUCUAGCGAUGAGGAGGAUGAUACUACGAUCAAUUAUGAUGAUGCCGACACUGAUGUACUUGAAGACUCAAAUGACAAUGAAAAUGAAGACGAAGAAGAUGAUUACUUGUUUGGAAAUUAUAGCAUUUUGCCCAACAUGAAGUUUGUGGAAAACUGGAUAGCAGAAACUCGAUGUGUUGAUGAAAACUCGUCGAGAUAUUAG